UUGUCGGUGGGGAAACAAAACCAGCAGUAAUAGGGGGGUCUGCCCUUUGUGUCGGGCAGUUAGUUAACGUCACUAACUUUUUUUUUUUGUUUUGUUAUUGUUAAAAGAUGAUUGCUUCUCUCUCUAGAGGCACUUUUCUGGAUGAUGUUCUACAUGGGGGCUUUAAUGAGCAGCAGUUGGCAGCGUAUGUUUCCUGGGUGAACUCUCAGCUGAAGAGGAAAGCGGGGCUGAAGCCCAUCACUGACCUCAGGCAUGAUUUACAGGAUGGAGUGGUGCUUGCACAACUCAUAGAGAUAGUUGCUGGAGAAGUGCUGGAAGGAGUGAAUAUGGCUCCACAAAACAAAGAGGAAAGCAGGAAUAAUGUGGAACAAGUCUUGCGGUUUAUUUCCUCCAGACACAUACGCAUGUCACACAUCUCUGCAAGAGACAUUGCAGAUGGAAAUCUGAAAUCUGUCAUGAGGGUGAUACUUGCGCUGGCUGCACACUUCAAACCCUCCGCCAAUCACAGGACUGCCUUUGCAAAUGGGAGGAGUUUGACAAAAGGCCACAACCCCCUUUCUACUGUUGCUUUAGCACAAGGGGCUGCUGCUGCAUUGGCAUCAGCACGUCUUGAUGCCUCACAACCUGCACGCUUUUCACAUUUCAACAGUGGCUGGGGGUCAGAUGUGGAAAAAGGUGUCUGUGUGCGUGCACUUGUUCAGCAGUAUGAAAAAGGAGCUACGGACGAGCAGGACAGUCCUCUACCCAGCAGUCUUAGCUCCAUCAGCCCAGUUUCAUCUCCUAGAGCUCCUGCCAGCAGCCAGUCAGACAGACAGCGAGAAGACUGCCAACAACAAGAGAGCAGCACUGACUCAUGCCCAGCUAUAGUGGAGACAACAUGGGAGGAUUCCUUCAGUGAAACUUUAGAGAAGGAUGUGCAGGAGGCUCAUCAGAUGGUGUCUGCUUUACAGGCCCUGCUGCUGGAUGGCUCACUCCCUGAGAAUAUGCACAAAGAGUCAUUUAGUUUGGAACAAGGCACCGCCGAGCAGCAAUUGGUAGUCAUCCGCAGUCGUUUGGAUCAGAGUAUGGACGAAGCUCAGGAGCUCAAGAGGGAACUGUUGCACUGUAAGCAGGAGAUAAGAAACCUGCAGGCGGUCAAGGAGGCCCAGCAGCAAAGGUUAUGCACUCAAGAGGCAUCAAUUCUGCAGAUGAAGCAGGAGCUGCUCAGAGCUGGCAUAAUGAAAGAUGAACUCAGCAACCAGAAUGCUGAGCUACUGUGGAAGCUGGAGGAGUGUAACAGACUUUGGGGUGAAAGCAAGAAGGACAUGGGACAGAAGGACAGACUGCUUCAGCAGCUCAAGCAGAAAGUUGAAGAAAGCCAACAGCAUCAGAAUGAAUUGCAAAGAAAACUGGAGCAUAAAAACGGUGUGUUGCAGGAGUUAAUGAGUCGGGAUCUGCAACAGAUUCCCACCGGAACAGAAAACAAUGGAUAUUCACACUCAGGAAAUUCAACUCCUUCUAUCUCAGGGCAGGCAGAGGAGGUGCAGCUGCUGAGAGAUGCCCUCCGAAGUUUGAGGAAUAACUUCAGAGAUCACGACCCGCAGCAGCAUACACUGGACACUCUGGAGCAGGGCAUAGUCUCACUCAUCGACAGGCUGCAUGUUCUGCACAUUUAUAAGGGCAGGGGGAAAUCUCCAAGACGCAAAGGUCCUCACACAGACCUGGACUCCUGGUCUCCCACAAAGGUCUGUCAGUCCCAUAGCAGCUCUUCUGCCGCCACAAAAAUCCUUUAUUUCACUGGAAAGUCCCCAACACCUUCUAUGAUCAGCAUACCUAAGAGGCUGGGUGAGGUGACUCUCAAGGAUGUGAAGGCAGCUGUGGAUCCUGAAGGAAACUACAGGUACCACUUCAAGGCCUUGGACCCCGAGUUUGGCACCGUGAAAGAAGAGGUAUUCCUCGAUGGAGCAGUUGUUCCCGGAUGGGAAGGAAAGAUAGUGGCCUGGUUAGAAGAGGAUCAUGGAGAAGAAAGAUCCCAGAGGCACAUGGAGACAGCUGUUCAGAAAAGGUGAAUCUGCCAGAGGCACACUCUCUAGCAUCGGAAAACUUAAGGUGUUUUCUCAUAUGAGGGCCAGAGAAUUAGAUCUAGACAUCAUCUGGAGUUGCCCUUUCAAAUGAUGCGUGACUAUCUGACGUGUUCUCAGCCACAAGAAAUAGUCCAAUUGGUUGAGGCCAGGGUUGACACCUCGGCAGAGUGUGUGGGACAUGACACAAGAACUACGCUGCGGAAAUUGCUUUUGCCAUUCCUUGAAUGUAGUCUGAAAAUUGUGGCGUCAUUGUCAUGCCUGUUGCUGCCUGAUCUCUACUGGAAACCUGAUUUGUCAGAACUUUCCAAAUCCUGUCGUCUCUCCAGUUGGAUAUUUUCAUUGGUGUCUUCAUGUAAAUGGGCCUUCUUCCCUCUCAGAUGUUUUUAUUUCUGCCAUUUUUAUAAAAGCUGCAUGAUAGAUACGUCAUCAACACUCAUACUCACUGUAAAUCCUCCAGUCAGUGACAUGCAGUAUUCACAUACGGGCUCAGUUGGACAUUAUGCAUACUUGGCACUAAGGAGAUGACAUGUUAUAGUCUGUGUAGUGCAACUGACUCCUAUAUUUACAUUCUCACUAGCAGCUCCUCCACGUAAUGACUAGACAAGUUCAGGAGUGCAGUGCAUGUAUGAAGGAGGCUUUAGUGCCUUAACAAUGAACACGCUGUUCGUUUGUGCUUAAUCACAUUCAGUCAACGUAUUGUCUUAACUGAACUGUGCAGUAGCUUGUAACAUCACUUUUGAUUGUUACUAGUGAUGUUAUGUCUGAUUAAACCAGAAUAAAAGAGUUGUAAGAAUGGUAAGUAGUUUUCGUGCAUAAUACCAUAAGUCAGUUUAACUGUUCAGAGUCACAGUUUACCCUUUGGUACUGUUAUUGUGUUUCAUCAAAACAAAUAUCACCAUGUUACAAUUUAGAAAAUUGCAUUAUCCAUUGUUCUGUUGCUCUGGUGCAGUCUUAAUUGGGCAUCUGAAGUGAAUUUACAGUGUUAAAUACUGUAGUAUGAAAUGGAAUUUGGUGUGUUUAAAUAAACACAAAGUCUCAAGUUUUCAAGAACUCGCUAUCUUCAUAGACUAUAGCAUCAUAGGUUACUGUUUAACUUUUGUAACAGUUGUUGCUUUAAGAUGUACUGUAUGCCCCAGCAGAUAAUGGAUUUGUUACACGAGUUAACAUAAAAGUCUAGUGAAUAACAAAAAUUAUAUUAAAAAAGAAGAAAUGUCAUGAUAAAAUCCCACCACCAUUAUGCUGAAUGCACAAUUAACAUACAUCAGCUACUUUUGAUACAAUUGUUUUUUUUAAUCCUCUAUUUUUGAAAGAAGCAGAUAUGUAUUAAUUACACAUAAGGGCAGUAGGAGCAUAUUGUCUAAGAGUUGCAAGCAUGCACAGUAUGAAGAAAGAAAAACACUGAAUGCAUUUUAGGUUAAUCUUUUUUAUAAAAUACGACCCUGAUCCAUAUUUACAUUUUCAACACCACAGCAUGCUCUCACUGAGCUGCUGUCAGUGAUUAUAAAUUACAGUUUUGAUUCUCGUGAGGAAAUGCAGGUCAAUACUGUUAUUUUAUUUGUUGCAGGAUAUAUACAUUUUUAUAUUUGUGAAAGAUAUAUUCCCUGGCCCAUAAAUACUUGUUAAAUUGAUCAGUUUUAUUUGUAGGAGGGAUUUUGUAUGGUAAUAAUGUGUUGUUAAUUUACUGUAACAUUUGAGAUUUAAAGGAUGUCAGGCACUUUUUCUGGAAAAUGAACCACAGUAUUAUUUGUGGUUUUUGAAUGUGCAUGAAUGGACCUACAACAGACCUUUGGCAAAGAUGAAA